AUGCCUCGGGUGUCGUUCGCCCCUCCCUCUCAGUGCCUCACCUUCCUCCCCUUGUUGCAUCGCCUCCUGCCCUCCCUCCCCCCUACCGUCCGAGACGUGGACGUCCCCCUCCUGUUUCGGGAGCGGUUCAUCCUGAGUGGGUACCGUCAGGCGGGUCUGCCGUGGCGGUGUUACGUCCUCAGCCUCUUCCAGAUCCACAACGAGACUCUGAACGUGUGGAGCCACCUGCUGGCCGCCGUCUGCGUGGUGAUGAGGUUCAUGAUGUUCGCCGGGAUCCUGGGUUUUCGGCUGCAGGGUCCCGAAGGUCAGGGGCUUUCUGUCGACGCCUCCUCGCUGCCUCUGGUCCUCUACGUUUUCUCUGCGUUCACUUACCUGAGCUGCAGCGCUGCAGCUCACCUGCUGCAGUCGCACUCGGAGCAGUCGCAUUACUCGCUCUUCCUCCUGGACUACGUGGGCGUGGCCGUCUACCAGUACGGCUGCGCUCUGGCUCUGAGCCUGUACAGCUCCAGCGCCGCCUGGACACAAAGCAUGCUGGGACAGGUCUUCCUCCCGGCCGCCGCCUUCCUCGCCUGGUUCUCCUGCACCGCCUGCUGUUAUGCGAAGCUCCGUUUCCGGCGGCCGUACCCGCUCCGCAGGAAGCUCUGCCAGGUGCUGCCGAUGGGCGUGGCCUACGUGCUGGACAUCAGCCCCGUCGCCCACCGUCUCUCCACCUGCAGCUGGACCAGCAGCUCUGCACUGCCACUGCACUUCCUGCAGGUGGUGCUGUUUCUGCUGUCAGCCUUCUUCUUCUCUUGUCCCAUACCUGAGCGCUUCUCCCCCGGCAGCUUUGACAUCGUCGGCCACGGCCACCAGCUCUUCCACGUCCUGCUGUCCCUCUGCACACUGGCCCAGCAGGAGGCGCUGUUCCAGGACUUUCUGUGGCGGCGGCCGGCGCUGGUCAGGGAGUUCGGCGAGCAGCGCCUCCUGCUGGCCUGCGUCUCCUUCCCCUGCUUGACGCUCUGCUGUGCGAUGACAGCGUUCGCUAUGAGGAGGCAAGCUCAGGUUCAGCUGAAGAAAGAGCAAAGAUAG